AUGUCCAAGCGUCCACUGUCCCCACCGCCCGGAGAGGUAGUACAGCGCGACUGUCUCGAUUUUGAUGAAUGGAAGGCUCAACGUCUUGCCACUGAAGGUAUCAAGCGGGGCGAUGACUCCGUCUACGAUCCCAGCACCGAAGAACUUCCAGCUCACAUGUGGUAUGCUUUGGACCAGAAGCUGCUGAGAAAGACAGUGGCACACAUGUGUGAUCAGCUAGGCCGUCCAGUCGUAAAUUGCGAGAUCAACGAUCCGGAGAUCACCGACUUGCUUAGGGCUCUCGAUCGAGCAAAGAAGAUUCCUCUUUCAAAGAAGGUUGAUAUCGCGGUGGUAGGUAACCAGGGUGUUGGCAAAAGCUCCACAAUCAACGCCCUUCUCAACCGCGACCUUGUCGAUGCCUCGGCAAGCUCCAGCGCAUGCACAGCAUUCGCAACUAUCGUCGAGUACAAAGAUGGGGCUACGGAUGACACGGAUGAGAGCGAUCUUAAAGUCACCUUCUUGGAGUUAGAUGAAGUCCGUGACUUUGUCGAAGAGCAGAUUCGCCGGUACACAGAUGUCUACGCCCCUUUCGAGGCCAACAAUGACAUUGAAGCACAAGAGGAAGACGGCGUCUUGGCGAAGGACAUCGUGGAAGACAGUGUUUCUGAAUUUGAAGUUUCUGACAGUGAUUUGAGCGAUGCAACUGAGAGCCCAAUCGCCAGUAAGAAGAAACGUAAGAAGGUUUCUAAAGCCGUACAGCUCGGUGCAGACACCGCUGAACAGUUCUUCCGAAUCCUCUUCAGCGCACAUCUGGACGAAGAAAAGGAAGCCGAACUUCAGUCAUGGCUCGGCAAGACUGACUUGGAAGAUGGCCAAUUCCUCGAACAUUGUGUUCGUGUUGCGACUGAGCACUUGGGACAGAUCCAAGCUGAGGAGCAGGGAAGUGUCGAGUAUAGCGAUGUCAAGGACAUGGACUUGCAGAAAGUAAGAAGCCAUGCCACGACUAUGUGGCCUCUGGUCAAAGCUGUGACAAUCUCCACUGGGUCUGUUCUGCUUAGUAAUGGUAUUCGUUUCAUGGAUUUGCCUGGCUACGGAGAUAUGAACCAGACACGCACUGCAGUUGUAAACGAGUUUCGUAGCAAGGCUCAUUUCGAGAUGAUCGUGGCCAAAAGCGAUCGAUAUUUGUCCAAGACCGACGAAGAUCGCUUCCUCGAUCGUGCGGUCCGACAUCAUGGGGCGCGGAAUGUGUUUCUUGUGCUCAACAAAGCCGACUCAUGCUUGGAGACACCACAGCACCAAGUCAUCCGUACGAUGAAAGAUGAAACCGAAGAACCUUUCAUGACCAUUCAACAUCACAUCUCGGGUCUCAAAAGCUUGAGAGGUGAAGCCCGCAGUGUCGUCCAACAAUACCGACGAUACUUGAUCAGAGAAGCUCAGAUGGCUGGCGGUCGACGCGAAUCUGACAAGAUCCAACGCAAGAUGCAGAAGAAAGGAGUUCGGGUCUUCUCAGUGUCCUCGGCGCGAUAUCUCGACUGGCUCGAUCCUUCGCCGCUGGAAGAUCCGCCCUACGAUCCCGCAGGCACUAAUAUCCCUCUUCUUCGUCAAUCACUUCUUAUGCUGCCGGCUGAGGCGAGUUACGAAAAUCUUCGAUAUCACAUCUUCGAGACAGUCACAGAUAUCGAAGACAAAGUGUCGCGAAUUCUCAUGAAAUUCACCAAUGACGUCGACGUUUCUGCGAUUCGUCGCUAUCUACUCGAGCAAGUUUCUGUCCUUGAUAGCAACCUCAAGAAUCUGUCUAUCUCUGUCCCAAAUAGCCUGGUGUCCGAAGCUUGGAACGAAGCUGCCAAGUGCAAGGUUGCUGAUGGCAUGAAAAUGCAUUUGAACUCGUUGCCUGAGGUAGACCUUGCCUAUCAAACAUUCUGGCUUUUACUUCGAAACAAUGGCAUUGCUACACAUGGUAGCUACAGGAACAGAAACCUCAACGACGAGCUCAUGCAAACCUACAAGUCAACAAUAAGAUAUUGGAGGAACAAGACGACCCCCGAAGUCGUCCAUGUUCAUAGCCAAUUUAAUGCUCCAGUUCAAGCUACACUCAGCGAGCUUGAGCAGCGUCUAAGUGCAGCCUCAAGCGACCCCGAGCUGAAGCGAAGGGUCGGUGAGGCUCUCGACAAACUCUCGAGGCGCAUUGAUCAAGGCGAAAGCCGUCUGCUGGAAGAACUCUACGCUGCAUUGAAUGAAAAUUACAGGCGCUUUACCACAGAAGACGAUAUAAGGUGUCCCGUCGCCCGAGAGCUCAGGUCCGCCUACGUGCGCAUCAACAUGAUCCGCAUGGACGAGCGGCCGAAACACCGCAAAGGUAUCUACAGAGAUCAGCGCGCCGAACUGAUCCGUACCACCACCGAAACCAACAACGAUGAAGCCCCGCUCAUUGAUGCAAUCUCAAUACGGGUCAAGUGCCGCCAAUGCAGACUCUGGGGAGACGUCGGCAACGAAUUUACCGACACAGUCCUCGCUCACUUUGAAGAAUUCGCCCAGGCCCUGGCUGAGCUGCUCGAGAACGAAAUGUACAUGCUGGAGGCGCACAAGCUAGUGCGCAAGCAGCUGGGCGAGCAGCUUCUCGGCUUCAGCAGAGAUCUCGCACUGGUCAAGGGGCAGUUCGUUGAGCCGGAGACGCUGCACGUUGCUAAGAAGGCGCGGGUCACGGCGGUCAAGCAGGAGGUGCUAGAGUGA